AUGCGGGAAUCCAACUUCGCAUUCCCGGCCCAGAACAGGGCUUGCGUCUGCAUCUCCUCCCAGCUCUAUGACCGACGAGCCUUGGACACCAACUCGUCCUUGCCGCUCUUCAACUCCCUCACCCACCUCGUCUAUCUCACAUCCACUUCGCCCCGCAUACGCGAGAUCAUGACCGCGGAUGGCGGUCUCGAACGCCUCGUCCGUAUCCUCCGCGACUUCUGCCUCUCUCCUCCACCUCCCGAAAACCCAUCCAUCUUCUACGGUCUCGCUCCACCCGGCUCUCACCCCCCAAAGCCGGCCCCGAUCCUCCUCCCCAAGACGUACGACAAGCACGCCGGUUACCGCUUCUCCCUCGCCUUCCAGUGCAUCGCCAACAUCGGCGUCCGCGGUUCGGAACCCAUCCGCUCCCGCGUCGUCGAGGCCGGCACCCUCGAGGUCGUCGGCUGCAUUCUCGAGGCCUGGCUCGCCAGCAAAGGGUUCGCCGUCGGCCCCGCUGUCGCCGCGAAUGGCAUGCCUCGCGAGACGCGCGAACAACGGCUCGCCCGGCGGCAGGCGCAAUCGGAGAUCCGGGCAAGGGAACAGAGGGAGCAGCGCGAGCAGCACACCAUCGCGGCGAUCCAGCGAGCGCUCGAGCGCCAGGUGUCGGAGCAGCCCGAGGCGAGAGCGGUCGAACCCUCGGGGAGGAGUGGCGACACAUCGCAUGAGGUGCGUACCGAGACUCGCGGCGGAGUGCGUGUGUGCCUGACCGCAGGACAGGAGCCGAUGCAGACGGAGGCUACCCAGCCGCCCGCGGGCUCGUCGCGCGUGCAGGCGCAGGAGGAAGACACCUCGGCGGAGACGUCCACGAACGCGACCCCGAACCGCUCGAACACCCCCACGGGCUCUGUCGUGGUCCCAGGCCGGGAUCGCAGCGGGACCAUUCUCGCACAGCCCGUGUGGGAUCAGCCUGCGAACACUGCCCGAAGGGCCCAUCGUGCUCGACCUGUCCAGGACAACUCGGCCGGGCCUUCGACUUCGACGUCGGCGGCGAACUCUCGCCCGGAGACGGAGACGGAGGAUGAUGGAGAUGGAGACGGCGACGUGGAUAUGGACACAAGCCGUGACGACAACAACCCUUCGCCCUCUCCUGAGCGGCAACAGAACGACGGAGGCACGAUCCGGACCGCGCAUUCCCGCCGCGCGGUGGGCAUCGUCUCCGACGCCGCUGCACCCACCACCGUCGGGCAACCUGGGAUCGACAUCCCAUCGGACGCGCACAUCAUCAUCAACGACGAGGGUGGUGUGCCCGGUGUCGGCGUCGAAGACGGCCUAGUCUCGCUAGAAACUAACGACGAUUUCGCGAUGGGCGCGCCUCCCGGAGCUCCUGGUGCGCUCGACGGCCCUCCUGCACCCCGCACGGUCGCUGACGGACAUCCAGGCGCGGGCGAACGCACACCGCGCGCGGGCACGACGAAUCUGCCAAUGACAGCCCCCCGCGCCCCCGCCGGAGCCUUCCUUACCCCUAAUCUCGCCCUCGCCGAGCCCGCUCAUGCGGACGCAACUACGCCCGGGAGACAGAACACCAUCCGCGCCGGCGCUGCGGGAACGGGAGCCGGAUUGCCAGCGGCUCACCACCAUCACCACCAUCGGGAAGUAGACACGGGGCCGUACCGGGAUGAGGACGUCGUUCUUGGGCUUCAGCUCCUCGCGUAUCUCAGCAAGUACCCGCACUGCCGACAGGCGUUUUACAAGCCGCGGCAAAGCUUCCACCCGGCGACGACGCAGGUUGCCAAUGGGCAAGCGGCAGCGGCAGCGUCGGCGUCGUCAUCGACUUCCGCCAGCGCGAGCUCGUCUGCGUCCGUGUCGGCUUCCGCUUCGACUUCGAGGCUCGCAGGCGGGUCUGGAUCCUCAAGCAGCAUCUCCGCCUUCGGACGGGAGAGCAACCCGCUGAUCAAGGCGUUCCAGAACGCGACGGGCCGCGGAAAGGAGAAGGAGCGGGCGCCGAGCGCGAACGGGGUGGCGACUGUGGGGACGGACAACUCGGUGCCGCGGCUGACGAACCUGUUCGCGCUCGUGGAGAGGUUCACGUACCGGCACAGCUCGUCCGAGCUCGAGUCGGCGCACCCGCCGCCGAGCCUGCCGCCGGAGAUCCAGUACUGGGCGGGGGUGAUCAUGCGGAACGCGUGUCGGAAGGACGACAGCAGGGGUGGGAUCCGGCAGUGCGCAAACAUGCUCUGCGGCAAAUGGGAGCGCUUCCCCCGCGAGUUCGCCAAGUGCCGACGGUGCAGGAAGGCGAAGUACUGUGGCAAGGAGUGCCAAAGCACGGCGUGGUCGGAAGGUCAUCGCUUCUGGUGCUCGGCGAAGGACCCGGACGAGGAGGGUGAGCACGCGCAGGCACACGGACACGGACACCACCACCACGCACCCGCGGCACCUCCAUCGGGCGCGGCGAACCCUGGGCGAGCGGAGCGGCGGGAGGCUCGAGAGCGCGAGCGGCAGGCACGCGCGAUGGCGGCCGAGCAGCGGCUCCAGCGCGACGUCGCCUCGCGCGUGACGGUCGGGAACACGGCGCCAGGUGCGGGGCGGACCACGGGCGGCACAGGCCCUUCCGCGAGCUCGACAACGGCGACGAGCACGACGACUCGACCGACGGCGCCUGUCGCGGGCUCGAGCACUGGCACCGGGACAACGGCGCCGACGGCGGUCCCUGGACCCUCUGGGGCGCGGAGUCGGUUGUGGUCGUACCGGCCGCAAGGACCAGUGCCAUGGGCAACGGACGCGGUACCGUCUACGGCGACGGGGAUGACGGACCCUCGGACGACGGACGCGCGAGUCGCUGCGUUCCGGCAGUACCUCGCUGUGACGGCCGCGGGACCGACGGUGGACAGCGACGGGCCGCGGCGGAUGCUCGCGCGGCAGCUCACGGUUGGGCCAGGGCCGGAGGGGGAGACGGCGAUGCUGCGGGCAGCAGGAGCAGAGGGCGGAGAUGCGGGCGGGGACAUGGACGUGGAUAUGGCGAUUGAUUGA